UAAAAACUACCUUAUUAGCAUGCAUGUCAUCAGCCUUAUGACCCAAGCUACUACUCUACAACAACUUGAUGAAGAAGUAGUGAGUGCUACCGUCGUCUUUUCAAGUCCCUCCAGUGGUGAGAAUGUUGAAAAACAUUUCCAAAACCUGCAGAUUCUUCUCACCUCAACUGCGCAGCCAGUCAUUGAUGACCGAGGUAUUGCAGAGGAAGACUUUGUGGUUGAUUUGGGCCCAACGCCAUUUGACCACCACUUCCAAAAUGUAGUCCAGCAGGCACCACUAGACACAGAUGGAAAGCCAAAUGUGUACUUCAGUCCCAACUUCAUACCAAAGUUGCUUAAGUACUUUCUCCCUCAGGCAGUUCUUUGGUCGGGACUUUUACUUGCGACCUUGGACGUCAUGGAACAGGACCUAUUUAUGAAAAGAUCUCCAAAAAAUUUCAAAGAGUUGCCAACAAGUCGACCCAGAACUACACCCGUGACAACAAGACCCAGGGGAUUAUGGAGAAGAGUCAGUGGGAUUUAAAGAAGAUCCGCUUUCAACACAGGAGACUGACAAGAUUAGAUGACUCUGUACACACGUACAAGGUCAUGCAUCAAGCAAUAAUGAGGGAAUACCAAGACUCUGUAAACACUCAGAACAAGAUCCACAGGGUCGAUGUUGAACGGUGGAAACAGAAGAAACAGCAAAGGAGAGGUGUAUACGUCUCACCAAUGACAAAGCCUUUUGAUUUUGAGAAACAGAAAGAACAGAAGGUUUUAAAGAAGAAAACUGCCGUACGCACCGAGUUACAGAACGCUGCAUGCCACCAGUCUGAAGCGACACUGGCAAAGGAACAAAGAAAAAGCACCACAACAAAUGUGCCUUUACAGCUUGAAACAGAAGGACCGGACAACAAAAACAGCACCAGCUUAGCAGCAGAUGCACCGCCCCCGUUUUCAACGCAACAAAACUCUGCUCUGGAUUCAACGACAGAAAACAAUCUGCUAGGCCAAGACAAGAGAUUGUCAAUUGAACUAUCUUCAAGUUUCACAGUGAUGGUUUGGAAGGCAGAUCUUACAACAUUCGUUGCAGAUACCAUUGUUAAUGCUGCCAAUGAAAAUCUGCAGCAUUAUGGCGGACUGGCACUUGCUUUGUGUAAAGCAGGAGGGCAAGAUAUUGUGGAAGAAAGUGACCUACACAUUCAAAAACAUGGCAAACUAAAAACCGGAGAGGCAAUUGUUACCAAUGCAGGUAACCUACUGUGCAAGAAGAUCAUUCAUGCAGUCGGCCCACGUGUAAAAAAAAUCCAUCACAUGGGGCUUUGUGUAGAGCCAGGAAGACUCUAACAAAAACAGUCAAGAACAUCUUACAGAAAGUCGAAGAACUGAAUCUGCAGUCUGUUGCAAUCCCAGCUAUAAACUCUGACAUUUUGAACUUUCCCCUUCCAUUGUGUGCAGACAUCAUAGUCUCCACUGUGAAAGACUUUUAUGAGCAGAAGAAGAUUCACCCUGAUCAACUAGUGGUUCACCUAGUGAACAAUGAUGAGCCGUCCGUAAAGCACAUGGAAAGAGCCUGUAAGGAUAUUCUAGGAGCAACAACUUCAGAAGCCAGCCUGCCAGUCUCAGAGCAAAUCCCUAAAAAUGAAGAAGACCAGGUAGAAGGCAUCCUCAUCACUAAGGACAGAAUUUUAUUUUACACAUGGAUAUGCAACAUGAAGAAUAUAAGUCAAUUGUCUAGGAGAUACAAUAACUUUGAAUAUUCAGAUACAUGAUAGAAUACCUGAUGAUUUAGUUUUACAUGUAUUUUGUGUGUUGAAUUACUUUUUUGACUUGUCAUAAAAUGUAUUACAUUUUGUGAAAUGUAUGAUUAAUUCAGUAAUAUUAAUGUGACUUUAUCUAAUGAAUGACAUUUUAUUUUUUAUUUGUUUUUUCAGCUAAAAUCAUUGUGGAAACAGAAGACAACAGAGGUUGU